AGUAACACGGCACAUCCUUCAUUAAUCCUCUCCCGGUUCAGGUCGCGUCCGUGUGUGGAGCAUGAAAACCAUGUUAGCCAUGAUCUCUAACGCUCUGUGCAGGAUGACCGGCAGGAAUGCGGGAGCCCAAACAGUGUCAGAGCUGCUGAGUGACCUGUCAGAGUUUGUCGAUCUAACGUCGCCGGCGCCGCCCGCCACGACACAGACCCAGCGGCUUCCACCUAAACCGCCUCCACCACCAGUCAGUACUAGAGCGGCGGCUGCGCCGUUAGUUAGCGGCAGUGCUGACCAGCUAGACGGACCAGUAAGGACUCCCAGAGUUGUCGUCUCCCGCUCCUUCGCUGACUUCACCCCUCAGGCGACCUUUGACAUCAAGAAAUGUGACCUGCACGGCCUGGAGGAGGGCCCCCCGGUGAAGGCGGAGCUGACGAGGGAACAGGGCCUGCAGUAUUACCGCACCAUGCAGACGGUGAGGCGCAUGGAGCUCAAAGCCGACCAGCUCUACAAGCAGAAGAUCAUCCGAGGCUUCUGUCACCUGUACGAUGGACAGGAAGCGUGUGCUGCAGGCAUCGAGGCUGCCAUCAACCCCUCUGACCACCUGAUCACGGCGUACCGCGCCCACGGGUACACGUACACCCGAGGCAUCUCCGUGAAAGAGAUCCUGGCCGAGCUCACGGGUCGUAGAGGGGGCGUGGCCAAAGGGAAAGGGGGCUCGAUGCACAUGUACGCUCCACAUUUCUAUGGAGGCAACGGCAUCGUGGGUGCACAGGUACCUUUGGGAGCAGGUGUCGCUCUGGCAUGCCAGUACCAGGGCAACAACCAGGUGUGCAUCACGCUCUAUGGAGACGGAGCAGCCAAUCAGGGCCAACUCUUCGAGUCCUUCAACAUGGCCGCUCUGUGGAAGCUGCCGUGCAUCUUCAUCUGUGAGAACAACAAGUACGGCAUGGGGACGUCGGUGGAGCGAGCUGCAGCCAGCACCGACUACUACAAGAGGGGAGACUUCAUACCCGGACUCAGAGUGGAUGGGAUGGAUGUCCUGUGCGUCAGAGAGGCCACCAAGUUCGCUGCAGAUCACUGCAGAGCUGGAAAGGGUCCCGUUGUAAUGGAGCUGCAGACCUACCGUUACCAUGGACACAGCAUGAGUGACCCGGGUGUCAGCUACCGUACUCGUGAGGAGAUUCAGGAGGUCCGGAGUAAGAGCGACCCCAUCUCCAUGCUGAAGGAGCGCAUGCUCAGCCACAACAUGGCGUCUGUAGAAGAGUUCAAGGAAAUCGACAUCGAAAUCCGUAAGCACGUGGAGGAGGCGACCCAGUUCGCCACCUCGGACCCGGAGCCCCCGCUGGAGGAGCUGUGCAACCACAUCUUCUCCAGCGACCCGCCGCUGGAAGUGCGCGGGACAAACCCCUGGUCCAAACUCAAGUCUGUCAGCUAGACUCAAAUCACACACACACAAAUACACUCCAAGCUUUGACCCACACAUUCAGCACCUCCUUCCUCGACUUUUCCUCGACGGGACUUUGAGGCGUUUACCUGAAACAUGCCAGUGUUGUUUGUUUGUUUGUUUGUUUGUUUGUUUAUUUAUUUAUAGUUUAAUGUAGAAACACACAAAGUAUUAUUGGUGGUGGAGUCAGAUGUUAACAUGCUGCAGGGCUGCACUGUAAACGCACAAACACCUGACACAUGUCCUCAGAAACCUUCCUCCAUGUUGAUCCAGCAUUUUAAUGUUCGUGUAGCUGUUCCCUCAAAGUGUGACUUUAAACUUGGGAAAUGCAAACGUGAUGUUUGGUAAUAAAUGUGUACGUUAACCUUUGUUUUAAUGAGCAAUCACAGGCCGGAGCUCCAAUCCACAGAAAUUCCUUAUCUGAAACAGGUUCAGCAUCCAGCAUACAGUUGCUACACUACACCACCAAAAGUAUCCACUGUCUGCCCUCACACACAUGAACCUGAGUAACAUCCAGUCUUAAUCCAGAGGGUUUGAUAUGAUGUGGGCCCACCCUCUGCAGCUGUAACAACUUCAGCUCUUCUGGGAAGUCUUUCCACAGGUUUAGGAGUGUUUA